UUCCUUUCAAACUUGUCUUCUUCACUGAAAAUGUCAUCUGCAAUAGAAGUGGUUUCUUCAUCUUCUAAAUUCAUAUGGAAGAUCAAAAACUUUUCAAGGUUGGGAUCUGAAUGUGGUGUUAAAUCUGAUGUUUUCUAUGUUGGGAGCUUUAAAUGGCGUGUAAUUAUUUAUGGAGAGGAUGGAGUGUAUGAUCACUUGUCACUGUUCCUAUGCGCUGUUGGCCUGACCAAACCUUUGUCUGCGGAGUUCAAUAUUGCCAUUACUAGUCAAACAAAUAGCAAGAACCGAUUUGAAAAAGAUGUAGAACACUUUUUUGAUUCUAAUAGUGGUGGCCUGAGUUGGGAAAAAUUCAUGCGUUUUAGUGAACUCAUUGACCCUGCAAAUGGAUUUAUCGUGAACGGUACAUGUGUCAUUGCUGUUGAGGUUUCUUGGACGCUGAAGGAAGACCCAAUAGUUGAUAGUAAAUUAGCUGGCGUGAAAUUAGAGAGCGAUCCAGCAAAAUUUGAAGAGACAGAAACUGAGAAGAAAACCAAACUAAAAGAUGGUAAGAGUGGAACACAGUUAGGAGAACAUCCUGGUGCUGGACAAACCUUUGGUGAAGGUCGACACAACAAAAAAGUUGGUUUUUCCGAUGAAAAGGAAUUCGAAGAUGUUGGAGGCUUCAGUAUUUUAAAAACACAAGCGCCAAUAUAUAUGCAGAUCUGGUUGAAAUAUGGUCAUAUUCCUUCGACCCAGGUUAUGCCAAUCUCGUCAUAUCCUGUCCUAGUCAUGGUGGUCAAAGACCUGAUGAAUUCUAUUAUAGAUAUGCAUCAGUGCCGCUAUGUAGAUUUGUCUUCUGAAAUGAUUGAGGGUUGGGAAGAGAAGAUAAAGAUGGCCGAGACAAUUAAGUUUAACAUCGGAUGGCUUCGUGAACGAUUUGAGAGUGUUAAGAAAGGUGUUGGUGGUAUGCAGGAAAUCAAGACUGAACUGUUGGAGCAUAGUCAGCCUUUACGUGCUGCUAAAUCAAAGAUCAAAGCAAUAGAGGAUGAGUUGAAGAAGACAGAAGAUCAGCUGAUUGCAGCAAAGGAUUAUUUAAGAGAAAAUAUAUCUGGAUUGCUCUCAGAAUCAGAUAUGGAAAUGUAUCUUGAAAUAGGCGAAAAUUUACUGCUUGAAGGAUUGUUCUAAAAGUAAAUCUGUCUCGAAAGUUAUGUGGUUUAGUAAAAGAUUGAGGCAGUCGAGUAGAUUGGAUUUCUUUAAAACUGGUUUUACUGGUUAUUCUUCCUUUGGCUUAAUGAAAUGUAACUCUUGCUCCGUGAAUAACGUUGUUUUCAUUAAAAUUGCCCAUCACAUGAAACUAUUAACGUCCUUGAUUGAGGAGUGACAUUUGUUUAUACUUAA